AUGGCACAGGCGGUGCAGGCGAGCAAGUAUCAAGGGCUCAAGAAUCUAGGCUAUGCAGCCGCAGGUGUGGGUAUAUUCGCCGGCAUAGGUGUCGCAGUGAUUGCGAUGCUAGGUGGGCCCACUGCCAUCGACAUAACGCUCGAUAAGCUGACUUAUGGGCACCGCAAUGAGCAAGCGAACUCGAACGAUGGGUUCCGAGAACACCAGCUUGGACGCCGCGAGCCCAUGGCUUUCCAGACCUCGCCAUCGCUUGAAAAGCGCGCUGGCGUGGAACCGUUGGUAGAGGCAACGGUGGAAGCAGCUCAAAGGGGCACUUCCAGAACGAACCGGCUCAAGAAGCUAGGGUACGACGCAACCGCUACCGUUGCAGCCACUGGCAUUGUCGUGGGUGGGCUUGCUCUAGCGGUUGGGCUACCCGCAGUUGUGGCAGUAGCAGCGUUGGGGUCCCUCUACGGAAGCGGUCCGGCGCAGUCUCAGAGUGGACAGUCCGCGCCGCUUCACAAGCGAGGCGGUGCUGGACCGGAAGCAGCCGAAGCGACGGUUAGGGAUCUGCAAGUGUUCGUCGACAGGCUUUGCGAGUGGAACAGCGCUUCACGCGGAUCACAAGCACGAAAGGACAAAAUUUACCUCGCCCAGCAGUUCAGAGUGCUCGGUCUAGCUGCUUCGCCCUUUGUUGUGAUCGGUGCCCUUGCUAUGUUCGGCGAUGGCAACGGUGGUCGCGGUUCAGCUCUACGACCGCCCCAGUCCCUCCGAAAGCGUAAUGUUGCUCGCGACGCGCCUAUGGAUUCUACUCUGCUUGGCAAGAGAGCUAGUCUCGAGGCAAAAGCAGAGGUGGCCGCCGAAGGAGCACGCGGGUUUCCGGCCAGGCUUCGCCGGUGGAAAGAUACUACGCGUAAUUCACGAGGCGAGGCCAAACACAUCGCCACUGGUGUGGCCACAAUUACGCUGUUUGCGGCCGCCGCUGGGCUCUGGAUUUACAUGAUGGAGGAUAGCGCUGCGAACGGUCGCGGUGCAGUCCACAAACCGUACGGACCGCUUGGAAACCGUGAGUUUCCUGGUCACCUUGUCAUCGGCUCCCAGACCUGGCUCGAUAAGGGAAUGGAGAAGGACAGCCAGGACAAGGCGCCUCAUAAACGCGAGCUCGAGCUGUCACGGGUCGGAUCGACUCGUCUUGAGCGGCGAGGUGGCGAGUCGGAACUCGCGGCCAAGGCAGGAGAUGUGGUGGAGAAAUCUGACCACCAGGUCCGUGGCGUUGUUGCUGGGAUGCAACAGGCCAAAGAGGAGUCCAGAGAGGCAAUGGUGGAUCGGGCGAAGGAAGCAGCGCGAAAGGCGCGCGCCGCUCGUCGGGAACAGCUGCGGGAGCGUUGGUUCAAAGUAAAGGUCAACGCCAUGGGCACUGCAGCUGUGCUGGCCCUGCUGGCCGUGCCUUUCUUGCCGACAGAGAUCAGUGCGAUCGGUAGCAGGAAACAGAUCAACAAGGAGGUCUCGGAUAGGGUCAGGGAGAUCCGGGAGAACAGACUGUUUGGAAAGCGCGAGCUAGAGCCAAGCAGACAGUCGGGACAGCUGGAGAAGCGAGACGUUGGAGCUCAGCAGGCGGCCAACGUGGUGGGAGAAGCAGCUCGAGAGGCCGGCGAAAUUGUUACUCGGGUGCAGCCGUUCGUCCAUCGGGCGAGGGAAGCCCGGGAAGAAGCUGAUCUACUUGAGUGGCUUCGACGGCGAAGGGCUCUCGUGAAUGGGCGGAGGGUGAGGGAUGCGCUGCAAGUGGGUGCUAUCUUCGUAGCAGAAUUGGGCGCUUUGUCUGGAGGUUACCUUUUGGCCAGGUACCAAUGGGGCAAGCGGAAGAAGGGGCAGACGAUGCCCGAAAAUGAUGCUCCCCGGAUAGAAGGACUCCACAAGCGCGAGCAGCAACCUUACGAGCAAGGACACUCGAAGUUCGAAAGGCGCAUGGUCGAGUCGGGGCCGCACCAACUGGAGAAGCGCGAGAUACUGACACCGCCCGCAGACACCGUCGCCAUUAGGAUGGUGGCGUUCCGGGUGUUUCGUCAGCUCGCGAUCGGGUCUCGUCGAGCUGGUGUGUUUGCCAUGUUCGACGACGAAGAGGACUCAGAGCCUCUUCCCCCUCCUCGACAUACAGCUCACGGACGUCCUUUGCGCCCCAUCCACGGCCCUGUUUCUUCGAGUGAUGCAGCUCGGUUCGAUGUAGAGGUGACACGAGCUCAGAGGGAGCGUACAGGCAAGCAGCAACACGACGAUGACGAGGACGAUGAUGGCCACCACGCCUCGCGGAUUGUCAAACGAAGGCUCAGAUAG